UUACCCUGGUUUUUCGCGGAUUACUUUUUUCUUGAUCAACCCUGAUGGACGCACGAUUUCCAUCAACUUCAAUGCAUAUUUUCUCCGAAAUAACGCCGAAAAAGGACGCCAGGGAUUAUUACAGGAGAUGAUAGGAUAGCUGAGCACUGAAGGACUACUUGGGAGAUGUCAGCAAACAGCAACGGAGUGGUCCGGUCGGGGUCGCUGGGCGGUGAUUUUUACGACUUUGCUUGCAAGGUAAUGCUGAUUGGGGAUUCAGGCGUGGGCAAGACAUGUCUGCUAGUGCGCUUCAAAGAUGGUGCCUUCCUCUCGGGAAGUUUCAUCUCCACAGUUGGGAUUGACUUUAGGAAUAAAGUUGUUGACAUAGACGGGUCAAAGGUUAAAUUACAGAUCUGGGACACAGCUGGCCAGGAGAGAUUUCGCAGCGUCACGCAUGCAUACUACCGGGACGCACAUGCCCUUCUGCUGCUCUUUGAUGUGACAAACAGACAAUCUUUUGAGAAUAUCAGGGCGUGGGUGUCGGAGAUCCAUGAGUAUGCCAACAAUGAUGUGGUGGUGAUGUUGCUAGGCAACAAGUCGGACAUGACAUCAGAGAGGGUCGUCAAGAGGGAGGAGGCGGAGAAAUUGGCCAAGGACAAUGGUAUUGCUUACAUGGAAACCAGUGCAAAGACAGGACUUAACGUGGAUCUCUCCUUUAUGGCUGUCGCUAAAGAUUUGAAAAUGAAGAAGACAAGACGACCAAACGAGCCCAAAUUCAACGUCCGAGAUUUUGUCGACCAGCAAAAGCAAACCCCCUCCGGAUGCUGCUUUUAGAAAUAAUUCCAGUCAGUGCAGAUGGCACAGUCAACCUUGAGAGAAACUUUGUAAAUUGGGUACUUGACGUUGAAAAACUUAGGCAUCCAACAACUGCUGGAAAGUAGACCGAUUUGAGGACAAGGUUGAACAGGAGGGUCCAGAACGGCAUUGACACGGUUUCGUAUUUGGCAACUUUGCAUCAGAGAACUCUUCAAUAGGCUGUGAUUGGACAAGGCUUAAAGUGGCCUGUUGAGACUUAGACCGAAUGCAUUUUUCCAGAAAGGCCACUAAAUUGGAUUGUAUCUAUUGAGAUCUCAACUGUUCUUGAUGAGAUGACUCUGUUGCUACCUUCAUAUUUACAGCACAGAAUUGCUAGGCGUCGAAGAUAGCUGAUCUCUGGUUAUUGUAGCGUGACGCUUGGGCACCUCGUGGCUUAAUUUCAAGUGAUCAUCACCGGUGCGGAACCAGCCCCAGAAUCCAGGGGCUGAUGAUUUCCUGUCAGAUACGUACGUGCAGUAGAGGGCGCUGUUCAUACAGCUCACCAGCCAUUACAGUUUUUUGCUCAGGAUGAAGAAGUUGAACCUUGGGUAGAGCAUAUUUGGCAUAGAGGAAUUAAUCAAGAGGAAGUCGUAAUUGUAACCAACCAGUCGUUGAAAAACAGUUGACAUGACUGUACAUACAUUUAAGUCAAAUGUAAUCUUGAAGGAGAUAAUGUCUUAAACCAGUGUCACAAGGCAUAUGGUAAAAGGUUAUGAAGUCAUUCAAGAACAGACCAAAACAUUAGAAAAAGCACACUUCCAAGUACCGUGUUAAGAGUUGGCAUCCUGGGUGUACACUUUCAACAAAGGAGGAAAAAGAAUGGUAUCAGAAUACAUAAUGAAAUUUAAUUAUUAGCAUUUGGAAGAAUCUAUCCGACUCACACAAUGUGAGAGUUCUCUCAAGAACGUGUACCUUGACUGCAUUGAUAAUACUAACAACGAUUCUUUUUUGAGCCUGUCCCCUGCUUGUUUGUUAACGCUUUUUAAUUUAAGCGAUACGUGAAUUUUCGUACAAGUGUUGGUUCAUUAUUGUCAACUCUGUCCAAAGUCAGAACACAUGAUCCACACGUAGGAUGAUUUUGCAUUCUAAAUUGCAACAGCGCUCUCAGACCGUGAACGAAGAAACCACCAGUGCAUCACAGCAUAACAUCCGGAGCUAUGCACUGCAUUCCUUUCUGACCAAUAUCAUGGUUCCCAAAUUGGCCUUCACCCCUAAAUGAGGAGACUUAACAAGGAAGUGCACGGCUGCGAGUUCCAUUGGCAUUGAUUAUUUGUGUUUAAAUGUCAUAUUUAUGGAAAAAUCCACACUUCUAAUGUCCUUUCAAACUUGGAUGCCUGUUCUUAAUGAAGUUCCCUGAUGGAUGCUUGGUGAAUGUAUUACGAUGUGCAUGGAUGCUUUUUAGCGAGCAGAGUUUGGCAGUUCAGAUUAUUUUCUUUAAAGGCCUUGGAUGCUGUUGAACGCACUCUGUCAUAAUGAUGUUUUUGGUUAAAAUUAAAUUUUAAUUCUGAGUAUCCGAAAGGACACUCUCACAUUGGAUGGGAAAUUCAUACUACAUUUAGCACUGUUCAUAUUUCUGAUUGGCUCCAUGCACCCAUACAUGUGCUUUAUAUUUGAAUUUCUUCUUGCAUGAAAAAUCCCUUGUGAUCAAAAUUACAGUUCUAAAGAAACUCACCAAAAAUAAGCCAACAAAUGUACCCAAUUUGUCAGUUGUUUGAAGUGGUUUGUCUUCUUUUGCCUCACAUUGCAAUUGUUGCUUUACUUAGUAUUGAACUGCAGCCCUUGCAUUGAAAAUUAUCUAGCACACAAAAUGGAAGGAGAGCUCUCUUAGAUCAACAUAAAUAAAUUAGAAGACCAUAGAACUUUGUAACUUCGAUUACAAAGUCAGGUAUCGUCUCUCACUGUAAGUAAAGUUUAUGAUGAAAUCUGAGAACUUAUAGCCAUGUCUGUCUUUUCCCACCUCUAAUCAUCAAAUUCCCUCUCCUAAUCAAACAUUUAUUUGCUCGGCAAAUGAAAUUUUGCACCGAGAGCUCUUCUCAAAGCAUCUCCGAGAGAAAUCAGCUUACAAACGAUAAUGUAUAUUUAAUAUUUAGUAGUUAAUCAAAUGCCAUGCUUAUGAAUGAUACAAAUCACAAUUGUAUAGGUACAUCUGUAGACACACCCAUGUGGGACUUAUCUGAAGCCUCUAGAUACGAGUGUCAAAUUAAUAUUUGAAGAAAAUCAGUACUGUAAUGAAAUAUCCAAAUUUAAUAAGAUAGUGUAUGAAAUUUGAAGCAGGAGUGUUGUUAAACAAUUGUAUAUAGCCGCUCUUUC